CGUCCUCCCUACAGUCUCCCACCUUCCCAGCGUCCCCCGCGCGCACAACAUGGCGGCACCCUUGCUGCCGGGGGUAUUCUCCCUGUCCCGGGUUCUGGGCCCCUGUUCUCGCCAGGCAAUAAGGGGUUUGAGCAGAAUGGCAUGGUCACACCUGUGCCUUAUGAUGGACCAGAUGUAUGGUUGUGCUAGCCUGAAAUGAAACAGAUGGAGAUAUUGAAGGGCCCUUCUAUUGAACUAGUUUAGAAGCUUUUUUCUGCCCAGUCCGUGUCACCCAGCACAUCACUUUGAUCCCAAUGAGAACCAAGAAGCGCUUUAUACCUCCUAUUUAUGAGCCUAAAUACAAAACUGAGAAGGAGUUUCAGGACCGAGCCCGUGCUGCAGGGAUUGUCAUUCCCAAAGAACGUCUUGAGAGUCCCAUUCAUUUGGCCUGCACAGCUGGGAUUUUUGAUGCCUAUGUUCCUCCUGAGGGGGAUGCCCGACUAACAUCCCUCUCCAAGGCUGGCCUGCAGCAAAAGACAGAGAAACUAAAGCAAGGAGUGGCCUCACAGUUGGCAAUUCGGAAAGUUAGAGAAUAUGAUGCUGAUUUCCGUACCAAGACCUUCCCAGAAAAAGCUCAGCAGAUCUUUGUUGAAGCUCAUCAAUGCCUCAACACCUCAGAUCAUGACCGACUUCAUGCCCUGGUAACUGAGCGCUGUUUCCCGGAGAUGGUGUGGGACAUCCAACUUAAGACAGUACAUUGGAACUUUGUGGAAUCUCUGGAACCACCAAGAGUAGUUCAUGUUCGUUGUCCAAAUAUGGUGAGCGAGGGCAACAUAUAUGGCCAGGUCACCGUCCGCAUGCACACUCGCCAGACCCUGGCUAUCUAUGACCGGUUUGGGCGGUUGAUGUAUGGACAAGAAGAUGUGCCCAAGGAUGUGUUGGAGUAUGUGGUAUUUGAGAGACACUUAACAAACCCGUAUGGGGCCUGGAGAAUGCAUGGAAAAAUUGUCCCUGCUUGGGCCCCUGCUAAGGAUCCCAUCCCCAAGACGGUGAUGAUUCCUGGUCCCAAGCUCCAACCAUGGGAAGAAUAUGAAGAAGUUAAUGUGGAAGUUCAAAAGUCUCAGCCUGUUCAAUGGCACAAGUAGGGUGGGGUGCAAAGCUUUGGUGAUUUGGUGUUGGAAUUGAAGAGACAUUGGAGAGCAUCUGAAACCAGGUCUUCCUAUUGUUUUUGGUUCCCAGAAGAAAGCAUGAAGCCACCUUUUUGGUUUUUAAGAAAGGACAGUUGUUUGAAAUAAAACCCAGUUAGGGAUCAAAGUAGUUUUAAUGGGUUCUAUGGUUCCACUCAUCCAGGAUGGAUCUUCAGCCUGGAUUGAAAAUGAAAUUUGAAAUGGGAGAUGUAGCAGCCAUAGGAAAGGGGGAAGGAGUCAUUUAUGAGUAAUAUGACAUCAACCAAGACAAUUUACCUGCAGGAUAGAUUUAUAAUCCCUUCAGUAUUCUUCAUCAUCAGGUUCCUAGUUAUCAUUUGCACCCCAGCAAGAACCCAGUAUGAAUACAUAGAAGAGAAGGGGUUAUGGCAAGACUGGUCUCAUCUGGAAUAUCAGUCUGCAAGUUUUUGUUACACAUAUCAGUACCUCUCAGCCAUAGUAAUUACCAGAACAUAGUAACAUGUUCUAAUUUUCCCUUUCCUGUCUCAGUUGUAGGAAAAAGAGAGGAGGUGAACCCAUAUAAGGAGCAAUAGAACUUUGCAAUGGGGAAUUUAAUCCUGCAUCCCCAAACCCAUUCCUAUCAAAAAGAACUUCAAGGAUUUCCAAUUCUGCUAUGUCCUUGAAUUAUCAAUCUGAUAUCCGAAUUCAUCAUCCUUGACCCACACAUAGCCCUUUGAGGAAACAACUUUAGUCCCUGGGAAUCCUCCUAAAGCUGCUUUAUUUGUCUUCUAUUAAAAAAUGAAUUCAUUUUUCCAGGAA